GAGCUCUCUUGCCUUUGUAUCAAACAGCGACCUGCUCUCCAUUUACCUUCGCUUCUGUCUGAACGCUUCAUUGAUACACAACCAGCAUAAUGGAGUCUUACGAGGAUGGUUUUAUCGAGGAACAGGAAGAGCAGGAGGAGGAGCGCACCGAAGAGAAGAUAAUAAAUGAAGAGUACAAAACAUGGAAAAAGAACGCCCCCUUCCUUUACGAUAUGAUUCUCAGCACGGCACUAGAGUGGCCGACGCUAACAACACAAUGGCUGCCCGACAAGCAAGAUGCUUCGGACAAGCCGUAUUCCACUCACCGUCUGCUCCUGGGCACGCACACCUCCAGCGACGCACAAAAUUAUCUUCAGAUUGCGCAGGUUCAACUACCCAACCCCAACGCUCCCAAUCCCGAUGAUUACGAUGAGGAGCGUGGGGAGAUUGGUGGCUAUGGCGGCAGCUCCAAAAAAGCUCCGAUGGAGAUCAAUUUCAAGAUUGUGCAGAAGAUCGACCACAAGGGCGAAGUAAACAAGGCUCGAGUCAUGAUCUGGGACCGCUCAAAACAUCAGAGUGUCCCGACGGGAACAGUGAAUCCUCAAAUGGAACUUCUUGGGCAUAAGCAAGAAGGAUUCGGACUAAGUUGGAGCCCUCAUGUUGCAGGCCACCUCGCUACUGGUAGGGAUUUAACAACUUACACGAAGAACAACAAAGCCCUGCAGCCGGUCCGAACUUAUACUCAUCAUUCCUCUAUUGUUAAUGACGUUCAACACCAUCCUCUCCACUCCUCUCUCAUCGGAACCGUCUCAGACGACAUCACUCUUCAAAUUCUCGAUACUCGAGUUGCAGAAACUACUCGUGCCGCUGCAACGGCUGAAGGCCAGCAUCGUGAUGCCAUCAAUGCGAUUGCUUUUAACCCUGCCGCCGAAACGGUCCUGGCCACAGGAUCUGCGGACAAGACUAUCGGCCUAUGGGAUCUACGUAACCUGAAGACGAAGCUACACACACUCGAGAACCAUACCGACUCCGUCACAUCGAUCUCCUGGCAUCCGUUCGAAGAGGCCGUUCUGGCUAGUGCAAGCUACGACCGUAAGAUCAUGUUCUGGGAUUUGAGUCGAGCGGGCGAGGAGCAGACGCCCGAAGAUGCUCAGGAUGGGCCACCUGAGCUACUUUUUAUGCACGGCGGCCACACCAAUCGUAUUUCGGAUUUCAGUUGGAAUCUCAAUGAUCCCUGGGUGCUCUGCUCUGCCGCAGAAGACAACCUUUUGCAAGUCUGGAAAGUUGCUGAUGCAAUUGUUGGUAAGGACAUGGAGGACGUGCCGACCGAGGAAUUGGAGCCUUAA